CAUCUAUAGAUCGGCAUAAUAACAAAUAAACCGUUUAAUGUUAUCUGUAUUAAAAUGAUUAAUCGAUGAUUUCACAUGCAUUCAUAAAAAGCAAGAAUUUAUAUCAGUUUGAAAUGGAUGCAUUUAAUUGGAUUUACACUGCAAUUUAUUGCAUUGGAUUGGAUUUUGUUGCCUUUGUUUUGGUUGAUGUCGUGGUGAAAUCCCCACUCAGGGAUGCUGUGUAAGUAGAAUGCUAGUCUAGGCCAACAUAGUGCUGCAUGGGUCUUGUUUUCAUUUAAUUAUUUGGCUAGUUACAAUUUAUUAUUGUAUUUGUGCUUCUCCGAGUGCAUUGCUCCUGGAGUCGUAAUAUGUGUGCCUUUGCUCAUCCAUAACAACUAAUCGAAGUGACUAUACUGAAUACCGAUAAUAUUCGGACCCGGAAAAGAGUGAGACACUGAGAGGUUGGGUAUAAACUUAUUAUUGUUGGGUUUGUAAGACAACAUUUGGUAUCAAAUGGAAGAUAAUUGAUUGGACUAUGUGGUUGUAAACUUACUUCUUCAGUUUAACUAAAAUGAACUAUCAUAAAUGACAUCCGAAUAGCAUUUAGUAGUGAAAAGUUGAAAACUACUAAAAGGGACCUCAAUCUCAAUCUCAGGUCCUAUGUGCCACACUGAUCGGACCUGGGUCCCUUUAGUCUAAACUUUAGACUAGAAAUGUCCAUUCAACCUCUCGCUCUUUUCCGGGUCUUAAGCACAGGUCUGAAUAGCCGCAGCCAUAACUAAUAAUAAUAUAAUUAAACUCUGACCAAGUCCAAGCAGAGAGUCAAGAAAGAAAGAAUGACAGUUUAUGAGCUGAGCGAUAGUACCAUGACCAUGUCCAUUGUGAUUGAGACAAUUGUGACUUAGGCAGACUUAGCAUUUAGUAUCAUAAGUAAGCUAGUAGACGUAGGCUAUGCAUAAAAUUGUUGGCCGAUUUAAUUUUGAGUUAGCAGUUCAUUAAGGGCACAGCGAGGUGUUCCACAGUUUAUUGAAGGAAUAAUUAAGUUUAACUCUUUCCAUGCCAGGGGGUUUUCCACGUUCGUGCCAGACCAGUAUUUGGCCAAUGGAAAUUUUUUAGGGUGCUCCUAUCUAUUAAUUAAUUUUGAAUACAUUUGUUUUAGCAAGAUAGCUGUAUUUCAUAUCAAAUUAAAGGAAAUUAGACAGAAUAAUAUGUAAAUUAUAAUAAUAAUACGAAGUGGUUAUGCGCAGCCGACUGCGUAUAACCCUGAGAGUUAUACGCAGUCGGCAAGUCACGUGACGUCUAUAUUCUUCCUGUGUUUACAGUAUCAAUCAAUAAGGGUGCCGUGAUAUCGGGGUGACUGUGUGGUCAAAUGGUCUAAACUGACCAAACCUCAAGUUGGUGGUCUUGAGUUCAAUUCCAGCCAACGGCAAGCCAUGAUUACGCAUUGGUUGCUAUGCUUUUUCUCGAAAAUGAAGCAACAACUAGGCUUAUUGUUUUACUUUUUUUUUUGGCUAAAAAAUGUUAAAACAUGAGAAGAAUAAUUAACUAAUCUAAUGUUAAUAGUGUUAUACUUAUAAUUAUCAAAUAUAUGUUUGUGUUGUUAACUAAUUUUGUGGCAGAUAAAAUCAUGUUUCACUGGUACAGUAAUAAAAAUAAUCAUCAUGGGUUGAGAGUAGCAGUAAAAAAAUCCCCGUAGGGGCAGGGGUUCUGUAGAGGGGGCAGUGUAAGUAAUACUUUCACACAGUUAUAGUUUUGCAUGGAAGCUGAAAACUGUUACAUUUAGGUCAUCAAAAAAAAAAAAUCAUAAAUGAUAAAAUUUAAAAAAAGAUAAAUAGAAUGUAUUUCCUGAAUUAGUCAGUAAAACCAACCACAUAGACAUAGACAUAGUCAUAGCAACAUAUAAAAACCUAAUCAAUCAAAAUACAUAACUAGACUUAGACCAUGGAAAUGCCUUUAAAAAAAUCUAAGACUUAGGCUUAGACUCUAAGAAAUGUAGACUUUGACUUAUACUUAUAAUUAUAAUAUAUAAGAUACAAGCAAUAAUACUAAUAAUAGCACUAAUGCUAAUACUAUUGCUAUCAUCAAUUUCAAUAUUAAUUAAAAUUAAUUCAAUUAAAAUUUUACGUUAAACACAACCAAAGUUCUAGUACAAAACAACCCGUCAUGCAGCUAAUUACGCAUAAUACUUUUUUUUAAAUUGCCAAACAAGCGAUAAUAAACCUUAUUUGGCUAAAUUUCCAGCCGACUGCGUAUAACCCUGAGAGUUAUACGCAGUCGGCUGUGUAUAACUCUCAGGGUUAUACGCAGCCGACUGCGUAUAACGCUUCCCAUAAUAAUAAUAAAGUGUAUUUCAAAACGAAGUGGCUAUUCGUACCCAGGUACAAGAAGUGAGAGGUUGGGUUUAAAAAACUAUUUAAAAUUUUAUUUUUGGGUUUGUGAGACCAAAUGAGGUAUCAAAUGAAAGAUAAUUGAAAGGACUAUAUGUUUGUAAACUUACUUCUUCAUUUUAACUAAAAUAAACUAUCACAAAUGACAUCCGAAUAGCCUGAGACUAAUGGUACCCGGGUGCGAUGCGUGUCUGGGUCCAUUUUGACUCGGUGCUACUCGGAUGUCAUUUGUGGUAGUUUAUUUUAUUUAAACUGGAGAAUUAAGUUUACAAACAUAUAGUUCAUUCAAUUAUCUUUCAUUUGAUAUCUCAUUUUGUCUUACAAACCCAACAAUAAAAUUUUAAAUCGUUUUUUAAUCCCAACCUCACACUUCUAGUACCCGGGUACUAAUAGUUGCAGCCAAUAUAGUUCAUUCAAUUAUCUUUCAUUUGAUAUCUCAUUUUGUCUUACAAACCCAACAAUAAAAUUUUAAAUCGUUUUUUAAUCCCAACCUCACACUUCUAGUACCCGGGUACUAAUAGUUGCAGCCAUUUCAAAAACACGCUUCAUCCCCAAAGGCUCGAGCUCGAAGCGCGGUACAGGAGUUUUAAAAAAACAAAAAACAAUAUAACAUCAAUUAGUUAAAUUUUUUAGGUAAAAUUGUGAGAUCAAAUUUUUUAUAUUUUUAAAAUUAGCACACCAAAUUUGAACCAAACUACCAUACGGUCUGUGUAGCUGAUAUCCUAUUCUGCUUCAAUCCCCAAAAAGUAUAUCCAUUUUUUAUCAUAAUACAUUUUACAUUUUGAAAAUAUUCCAUUUUUUUACAGAGUUAUACCCAUUUUUGUAACGUUAAGAGUAUUCUUAUCUGAAUCCUCACUGUUGCCAUAGUAACAAAGUGGUUUUGAAAAAAAUUCAUAACUUUUGAACUACUUGAGCUAGAAAGUUGAUCUGGGUGUUUUUUUUAAUCCAUUCUCUAGGCUCUAUAUAUUUGUGGUAUUUUUAUAUUUUUAAAAAUGUUUUGAAAUUUUUAUGAAAGUGCCGACAGUCACCACUAUUACUAUUACUAUCACCAUUCUAUUACUAUUUCCAUUUGGCAUUUACCAACCCAUCAGAAUGCUGAAAAUCAUCAUUGGAAUCAGAUUCAAAUGAUUCAUGAAUAUUGUCUGUUGUUUCAGCAUCAAUAAUUAGCAAUAAAAGUUCUUUUGUUUGCAAAAUUGACUACCUACGUGGUCUAGCAACAGCUGACACGCUUGGAGUGGGCGUGGCCAUGGCUUUGUUUACAAAAGGUUCAACACAAAUUGAACUAUUAUUAGAAAAAACACAUGCAAACAUGCCCUACUUCUUAAAAAGGGAAGUAGUAAGAGUUAUCCUUCGUUUAAGAACAAAAAGAAGUCGGAUUAAGAGCCACAAGAAACAAAAUAAAUAAACUACAUAAAUGAUAUCGACAGUAUAUUGUGGGUUGGCACGAACGCGACCAGCCAAAUCGACAGUAUACUGUCAAUUGGCAUGGAAAGAGUUAAUCCUUAAUUAAUUAGGUAAACCUUACUGCCUACCUUAGUCUUAGUUAUUAAUCCGGCACCGUACUUACAAACGGAGGGGGAAGGGGGGUGUAAAUUUUUUAGAGUUUUGUGUACUUGUGCAUUUGGCAAGGGCUGGAGGGGGUCUUGGCAGAAAGUAUGUAUGUUGUAAAAAAAAUUCUGCAAUUUUAAUCCUGAAUGAGAAUUUUACAUAUUUAUAUCUCAAAUGCUGUAAAAAUAUCAUGCAAUGUUUUGUUGGAAUUAUCAUCAUAAUGUUGCCAAGGAUUUUCACAAAUUAACUCGCUCAGAUAUACUCAGAUAUUACUUAUAGAAAAUUUGACUUUUUUUGCAUACUAGACAGAUGGGCCCCUCCUCACCUUCACAUUUGUUUGCUUUGGUGCUGUAUGACAUAAUUUUGUGACAUCAUUAUUACUCACAAGUAAACUGCAACAAGUGUAAAAAAAGAACUAGAGAAGGCAUUCUUAACAUUAGAUUUUGACAUAUUUUAUAGAAUCUGAGAUGGCCUUAGAAAUCUAUUUUUAUAACGCACUAAACAGCUGUAUCAUUUUUAAUACCGCACUCUUCCUUUCACCCAUUUACAGUGUGUGAUAGUUAUCAGACUGUAAUAUUUUAACGGAAAAAUAGGCAUAAUGGAUAUUGAUAUUUUUUUUUUUUUAAACUGAUUUUCCUAAAAAAAUAAAUCAUAAGUUACUAGGAGGUUUUAUAAAGCGAGGCCCAAAUUAUUUAAUUCUUAUUUUUAUAAAUUUUAUUUUACGCUGAUCUGAUUUGGAGUUUGAACCACGUAAAUUUCACUAUGACCUUUUUUUUUUUGAAACAGUAGCAGUAAAUAUUCAUAGAUAUCUAUAGCUAUAGCAGAUACACGUCUGCAAAACAAAGUUACAUCUGAUAGCAAUAUAAAUGUCAGUCAUUUUGACGUCAGUUUAACUGGAUCCUACGCUACAUGCGAUGCGAGUAGUUAUACCUUAUAUAUACUGUAUGUAUAUUUAUUUACUAUUAAAAGAUACUGUAUUAUAUGAUUAUGAGACGAUAUUUUACGAUUUUUAGGAAUUCGAGGGUUAAUAGGUUUGUCCCUAGGUUUUCUGUGUCAAGAGAGAAUGGGUGCUGUUAUCUUUUUUAAGUGCCUGAAUGAUGUGUGAUUACGUUACAGGAGUGCAUAGAGAGAUAUGUCCUUCCAGUCCAGGCUCACUUAUUGUAUCAGAUGGAUGAGUGGCUUAUACAAAUAUAAAUCAGAUGAGACACAGAAUUUACGGAAACUCCGUUGUUGUUCAUCAACAAAAUUAAAAUGACGCUGGUGUCCACACACAGAAUUUUGAAAAUAUGUGGGUGCACGUGGCAAAGCACAAACUGAAUAGACACUUUGGCACAAGUUGCGAUCUUUUCCCUUCAUAUUUGCAUGAGUUCAUGUCACGCAGUUGUUUUUGUGGAGAUAAUAUAAACUGAAAAUAUGUUUUCUUACAUACACUAAUUGUUAAUUUUUUAGUUUCUAUUUGCAAAGUUAUCAAAUUUUUAAAUGUUUCUAUUAGAAAAAUUAUUAGAUUGUUAACAUUUUACUAAUUUAAAAUUGUUGUCGUUAAUAUAUGAGCUGAAAUGCAUAUGUACAAUGUUAAAAAAAAAUGUCCAUUUAUUUGAAUCAAUAACAGAUUUUUAUCUUAUCAAUAAAACAACACCGUUUAAAUAGCACUUCAGUCUGGAACAGAGUGAUUUCUUUUCCUAACGGAUGCUCAGAUGGUAGAUUACCCUAGCUUAUUAGUACUGGUAUUAAUUAUUUUGCCUACAUCAGCCUAUAUUUUUUUUCAUUGUUAUAUAUAUUUUUUAAAAAGCAGAUUUAUAACUAAAAUCAAAGGCAGUGCAUUGGAGCCGGAGCUAGUGUUGUCACUUGUGCCGGAGCUGUAGCCCAAAUAUUUGCUGACAUAUUUGGCUCCAGCUCCAUAGCAAAUCUUCUAUAAUUCUAAAAUUAAUUUCACAAGUAAAGAAUCUUUUUACCAAAAUUUCAUAGAUGCCUGUAAAGAAAUGGAAGAAAAAGGACACUUAAAAAUCAAAUCAGCUGACGAGGGAAUUGAACACUAUUCAAAAGGCAUGCAGAAUAGUCACUUGUUUGCCAGUUUCACAAGCAAGCGUAGAGAGGCUCUUUCCUGCACUGAAGUUUUUAGCGAGCGAUUUGCGUUCUUCGCAUUAACGAGAUAUUUUGGAAAAAUUUUAUUUCUGAGGAUGAAUUAAGAUUUUGCUGAUUAAUAAAGUUUUACCAGCUUUAUUAUACUUAAUUGAGUUAUUUUCAUUUAAAUAAAAUAAAAAGUGUUUUACUAUGUUAUAUGUCAGACCUGUUUACUCUCACACUCUUAAAAUCGUACAAUAACAUCACAAAAUCAUUCAAAACAUUAUCUUAAUAGUGAAAAAUAAACAUACAGUAUAUAAAAUGUAUACACCUCAAAAUUGUACAUUAUAUGCCAAAAUCGUAAAAGUAAACUGGUCUGACAUAUAACAUAGUAAAACACUUUUUAUUUUAUUAAAAAGUAAGUGAAAGUAAGGAACGAAAGCUAUAGAAAUUCAUUUGUUCCUCAAUCUUUCAGAAUUGACCAGCUUGAUUUUGUGACUGUUAUGAGAUUAAGGCAAUAUUGUCAAUAAGGAAAUGGUUUUGGAUGGUAUUUUAUAUGAUGGCUGAUUUUUGCGCUUGAGAAAUACUUUAAAUGUAUUUAAGUUUAAAUUGUUCUAGAUUAAAAACAAUUUUAACUGGUUUUUUUUAAUCCUUAUAAGAUAAUUUAUCCAUAUGCUGAAAAUGAAUAUGUGUACAAUUUAAUCAAAACACAUUUUCAUUUAUUGAGAUAAUAACAGAAUUUGUAUCAUUUCUAACCUCAGGGAAAAACGAAUAAAUCGUAAUUAAUUCAUUUUCUUGGAUUCAGGGGAAAAGUUUGGUUAGGUUAGAAUAAUUAUUUUUUCUAAGUGUUUGGCUGAUUAACCAUUAGAAUAAUUAUUUCUGUUAAGUGAUAGUUUAAUAGUUAGAAUAAUUAUAUAUAAUAUGUGGUAGACCAUUUAUUAAAAUUAGUUGUGUCAAAGUUGUUUAACAUCAUGAACAUAUAUAUGUACAUCGUGAAAAUUUUUUGAGAUUGCAAUAUUUAUUCUGAGAUUGUGGGGGGAAGCGCUCCUGGGUGGCUUGGUUCUAUUUUCAUGAAUAUCAUUCUAAUGUGAUCCCAGAAGGUUGGGUUCAAUUUUCAUGAAUAUUAUCAAGCAAAUUAAUUUAAUAGAAUCCCUAGUCCUAAGGAUAAGCUUUUAAAAAUAUUUUUAGAAUAUUUUUUAAAGACUUUAGAAACUGUAAAUUUCUAUUUUAACAACACUAAUUUUAAAAGAAAGAAAUGUAAAAAAAAUAUUUUUAGCUUUCCUGGCAUUUAAGGUUUUUUGUUAGGCUACUGAUUUUUAAAAAAAAAUCUAAUCUCAAAACUUAUUUUCUUUUCAUUUCAGAAAUGAGCGAGAAAAACGAAAAAUUUGGCUGUAUGAGUCAAUUGGCUUGAGUUUGAUCUGCUUAUUAUUGGGUAUCCUCCAUCAUGUGCCCUAUGUUCUCAUAGUGUUAACAUGCGUAACGUUUAUGUACACACAACUUUUUGGUCGUUCAGACCCUACCAACUUUGUGGCCAAUCUUCGUGCACAAUGGGAAAACCACCUGCAACACGAGGAAAGUAUGAAACAAGUAGAACGUCAAAAACAGCAGCAACAGCAAUUACAACAGCAAGCUCUUGGUAUGGCUGGUUUGAAUCAUAGCACCGCAGCAGAAUUGAGCAACCUCAGUGGACAAAAUCAAGACCUUAGUUAUGGGCAUAGUUAUCAAUUUUUUAACAGGCAAACAAAUUUGCAUUACCCUCCUAAUGCUACAGUUGUCCCUGGUCAAGAAAGACCUGCCUAUUCAAUGGGACCCGGGUCUGCAUCCUACAGGGAUGCUGUGAAACUAAGUAGAGGGUUGCAUCCAGCUGUAGGUAAAAACUGGAAUAAUGCAGGGCCCUAUGCAGGUGUCGAUACUCAAAACACUGCUGUAAGCAGAGGACAGUAUGAUAGUGGUAUCACUUCUAUGCAAGGCGUAGACUCAAAUGAACGGAAAACUUUAUGGUCCAAUUUGAGCUUACCUCGACGAUCUCUCCAUCCUGAUCUUGGAUCAAAAUUUGGUCCUAAACCUAUGUCACAAUCGUCGUCUAUUAAAUCUAAAUUCAUGAAUGUUAUGGGAUUUGGUCAGACAGUUCCAAAACCUGUAGGCCUUGUUAAUAAUGGACAAAACAUGUGCUUCAUUAACUCUGUAAUCCAGUGCUUGGCUAGAGGUCCUUAUCUAGUUCAGUGCCUCACAGCUGAUGCAGCUAAAGAAUUAGAAUGUAGUGUGGCAGAAUCGGAUCUCUUAUCAUCUUUAGCAGAACUGUUAGAUAUUUUGACAAUUGACCCGGUGUGUUCUGACUACAAAGUUUUUAAUGCAACAAGAUUCCGUAAGGCUGCAUCUGUUCUGAACCCGAGCCUUGUUUCACCACCAGGAGAGCAGCUGAGGCAACAAGAUGCCGCCGAAUUUCUUAUGUGGCUACUUGCAACUGUACAUAAUAUACUAAACAAAAAUAGGCAAGCUUUAGAAUGUGGUAAGAAAUUUUUCACCUGCUUUAGAUCAUUAUUUUUUUUUUUUUGUGGUAAUUAUUAACUGCUCUUAAAAUGUGUGUUUGGACUUUCCCAAAAGUUGAACUCGAUAGUCGAUAGUUUGUGAGUAUCGGUAGUAAAAUUAUUAUUUUCUUGUGGAAAUAUUUACAAUCAGUAAAUUUUAUUUUUUAAAAUCUUCCUUCUGUUAAGAAUUUUCCCAAAUAACAAAGAUUCGUUUGUCACUGGAUAGGCCUCUUAAGUUUUAUUUCAUCUUGAGAUGAAUCAAUCAGGGCUUGUAAUUGUAUAUAAAAGUAAAGUUAACAAACAGAAUCAACUUGUUUCUUACUUUUUAGUGCAUUUGACAUCGGAGGUGUUAAGGUAUAACAGGUAGACAGAGGUGUUAAGGUAUAACAAGUUGAUUGUAUUAAAAAAUAUCAUGAUUAGAGCUGUCAAAAUCUUUAAAAGCACCUGCAUGGGGGCUAUGUUGACCCAUGGAGCGAAUACCUGGGUAUCUGAAUGUCCAUUUUCUUAAGUUCACCCGCCAUCACCAUGGUCAUAGGCACCAGCUGGUAUAUUAUCUACAGAUAUAACAGUGUUGGUUUAUAAAAUCUGGUUUAGAUCUAUCUCGAACUUUAAGGUCUUCACCAUUCUUUCUCCAUUAAUUUAAAUAAAUUAUACUUCAAUCUCUUCUAUUGUUUCAUCAUCUAAACUAGGGGUGUGCCGGAAUCCGGUUCCGCCAGAUUUUGCACUAUCCGGUGAAAUCCGGUUCCGCCGGAUUUACAUGUAUCCGGAACAACCGGAAUAUACCGGAUUUCGGAAUUUGCCAGAUUUUGUGACUCACCGGAUCAUAAUCUGAAAUAAAAGUAAUUGUCUUUCCCGAAUUCCACACGAUCACGAUACAUUAAGUAAUGAAAGUAAUAGACUAAUAGUAAAGUUGUUUUCCUUUGACCUUGCAGCGAGUUAGAACUUAACAGCGAGUUUAGUUACAUAUGGAUAAUAACUUAUUAUCAAUCUGCGUUUUAUUCUGAUUUCAGUGAUUUCUGAAUAAUUUCUAUUUUCUAAUUUAUUUCAAAGUUCUUCACUUCCUACUUCCAAUCAUCCAAUGUCAUUUAGCCAUUUAGGCCAACUGUUCAGAAGGCAUCCAAUCCCCUCAGAUUUACCGGUAUCUGCAAAGUACCAAAAUCCGGAAUCCGGGAGAAACCGGAAUCCGGAUCCGGCGGAUUUCGCAUAAGAAAAUCCGGAUCCGGUUGGAAAAAACGGAUCCGGCACACCCCUAAUCUAAACUGGCUACUUUAGUCAAUGUAGCACUUUGUCACGUAUGAACUUGGAAAACCACACUGAACUGCCAACUACAGUCGAACCCACUUAUCUUGACCUCCGUUAACUCGCCAAUCCUGUUAUGUCAACAUUUUUGUAGUGGAACCUCCAAAUUCUCCAAAUUUUUGGGGAUCGGGUUUGUUUUGGAAAAUUUUGAUAACCAAACACUCCCUUAGAAAGGUUGCUUAAAUGAACUUACUGCAUUUCAAAAACUCUAAUUCAAUGCAUAUUGUACCAUGUCACUGAGUCGGCUGAUUGGUGAAUGGUUUUUAAAAAAUGGUAGGACUUUAAUAAUUUUUUUCUGUGAAAAGAGGUCUUUUAUUUUUAAAAAUAUAAGACUGGCGCUUAGAAUGAAAUUUGAGGUUCAUAUUGGUCUUUGUGGGUUUGCAUUCUGCGAUAUAUAUAUAAGAAGUUUGCAGAUCAAUAUUUUACCUGCAUUGAGCGACAUAGCAGAAUAGUUUUCUGAUGUUUGUACACAUAUGUUCCAAGCCAUGAGCAAUACAAACGAUAAAAAUGAUAAUAAAACAUGUGCCAUUAAGGAAAAUCAACAAUCUUAUAUUAUUUUACACAAAAAAAUAACCGAAAUAAUGUGUACAUACUGAAUACCAUACAGAAAGUAUUCCUAUACUGCAUAUUUUCAUACAGAAUAUGUAAAGGUUUAAACUAAGCCGCCUGUAUGGGUGUAAAAACAACUCAACCCCCAUAUCUCAAGAAUGGUUGAAGAUAUUUUUGUUGUUGAUUUUUUUGUUGAAAUAUUUGAACACUAACAUGUGGAGAUGUCAAGAAUUUGCAGGUCUUUACAAGUCAUAGAAAAAAGUUAGCAUAGUUGAAGAAACACAAAAGAAAAAAUUUCUGAUGCAGCACGACAAGGGUUCAGCAUUAAUCUCGCAAAAGCUGCUGUAAAUUUUAUCAGAUGAAUGUAUUGCAGUUUAGUUGCUGCGUGCCCCAAACAAGAAACAUGCCAGUGCCGGGUGUAGGCAGUAGGCAGGCGCUAGUGGGAAUUCAGGAGACAUCCAGUGCUACUACUGGCAUCAGCUACUACUGGCAUCAGCUACUACUGGCAUCAGCUACUACUGGCAUCAGCUACUACUGGCAUCAGCUACUACUGGCAUCAGCUACUACUGGCAUCAGCUACUACUGGCAUCAGCCUUCCAAUGACACAAACUUUGGGCAGAAGUUUUUAUGGGGUUUUUAAUGAUUGAUUAAAAUUGUGCUGCUAGCCUCAGGGCUGGUACCUGAGGACCUGAGUUCCUGUGUACCUGAGUACCCGUCGACAGCCCUAAUCAUGAUAGAGUCAAAGUCAUUUAUUUUGUAGUUUGCUGAUCAAUGUGAAAUGUCCAUACAGACCUUGGUUAGUGUCAGAUUAGUUAGUACCAGGGCCAGAAAAACUUAGUUGUUUGUUGAUAAUAAGUGGGCAGCAAAAAGGAGCAGGUGGUAAACUAUCUGAUUGAGAGAAUUUUGUCUUUAGAGAUGUAGUGUAGUAAUUCAUUACUGUAGCAUUUUUUUUGUAAUGUUGUUAGAAUAUGUUUUCUUUUAUAACUUGACAAGGAUUUUUUCAAAUUUUUUUAGAGUUGUGAGUUUCUUUUGUUGCUCUAUUCAACGCCUGGCUAAAUAAGUGUACAGAGAAGAGAUACUUUUUAUUUUAUUUUACUCUCUACCAUUGUUUCAUAUUGCUUGCACAUAAUACCUCUUAAAGCUCUUCUACAAUAAACUUUUUUCUUAUUUUACUAUUAGAAAUUAUAAUAAUAUUGCAUUUAUUAAUAGAAAGGUACUACUUGUUGGCUUUUAAAAUUAAAAGGUGCAUUUACUUUAAAGAUAGUACUUCAUUUGCUUCCUUUUUGUCUUUAGAUCCAUCCAGUUUAACCAAUGAUGAUAGAUUCUCUAGUCCCAGACUGAACAGCUUAAAGCUUAUAUAUGGAGACCUGAAUGCUAACCGUAUCAAAGAAUUAAAAGAUCAGUGUAGACGAGAGGUAAAAUAAUUUUAUUUUCAUUGUUUUGAUUUAGUAAUCGGGUUACUGAAACAAAAUAAAGUAAAAGGUUGGGUAAAAAUAAAUAUAACACAUAUGUAGGUCACUAACCACCAUCUUAGUAACUACUAACAAUAACUGCAAACAGUAGUUACUUAAGUGGGUUACAGUUUGCACCAUGAUCGUUAGAUGUCACAGUACUCACAGUGGAUUAAAAGUGAAAAUAAAUAAUGAAAAUUUUUUAAUAUUUGCUUUGUCCCCUGUGAGCAAGCCACAGCAACCCAUAUAGAGGGGGGGGGGGUAAAAAAAUACAUGUGCAAAGGGGGGGGGGGGGUUAAAGUCUUUUUAAAAAAACAUUUUGUACCUACCAUAUAGGUGAUUCCUUGCAUUUGUUUGCUUCAGCGCUGAAUGAUGUAAUUUUGUGACAUAAUUAUUUCUUACAGUUGAAGAGUAAAAAAAUACAUGUGCAAAGGGGGGGGGUGGGUUAAAGUCUUUUUAAAAAAACAUUUUGUACCUACCAUAUAGGUGAUUCCUUGCAUUUGUUUGCUUCAGCGCUGAAUGAUGUAAUUUUGUGACAUAAUUAUUUCUUACAGUUGAAGCGAGAUGAGUGCGGAAACGAAGAAAACUAGAAAAUUCAUUCUUUACUUUUCCGUUAUUCAACAUUAGAUUUCAACAUAUUUAGGAUUUGAGAGGGCCUUUGAUAUCUAUUUUAGAACGCUACAAAAUCUGUACUAUUUUGAAUACCCCCUCUUCCUUUCACCCACUUACUGCUUGUAGUAGUUAUCAGACUGUAAUAUCAUCUACUUUUAGAGGUUAACCUUUUUGACGCCAGCUUAACUCGAUCUCACUAGACACACGAUGAGAGUAGUUAUUGUAUGCAUUAUAUAUAUGGCAUGCUGUAUUUUAUUUAUUUACUAUUAAGACACUCUUAUUUACUAUUAAGACAUUGUAUUGUGCAAUUUUGAGACGAUAUUGUACGAUUUUAGGAGUUCCAGGCAAACAGGUCUGGUUACUGUCAGAAUUAGGGUUAGAAUUAAACAUCCAUUUAGACUAGAGGUUAAAGAAUUUAAUUUUUAUUGUUUUGAUUUAAUAAUGUCAGCUCACUCAGGCACAUUUAGAAAAGGAAGGGGCAUAUUUUAGAAGUGAGAAGGAAUGUUAAGGCACAGGUUGCACUUGGUACAACCAUCCCAAAAAAUGGGCUUGAAAAAUAGUAGUAUUUUUUUUUUCUGUUUAUCUAAUUUUACCAGUUCUAUUAUUGAUCUAAAUUAUUACAAUUUAAUUUUUUAGAAAAUGUCAGAUAUGAAACUUAUACAGCACAAAUGGAAAAUUAAGGAUCUUAUAAUUUCAUUACAGAUUGCUGCUGCCAAUGGUCUUGAAAAUGAGUCCUAUGCAGAAGCUAUACAACGGCUGUCUGAUUUGGAGUGGCUAACACACAAGCAGGCUAAUGAAACUGUGAUUGACAAUUUGUUUACUGGCCAACUAGUUGAAGCUUAUCAUAGUGUGGAACAUGGCCACAUCUCUGUCAAUUUGCAAGCUUUUAAUGUCCUCCCAGUGCCAAUAGCUGCCCCUAGGUACUCGUCAGGCAUGGUAUUGCUAGAAGAUUGUUUUACUAGUUUCUGUAAUGUUGAAAAUCUCUCUGAAGUUCCUGUUUCACCGCCAGAAUCGGUUCCCAAUACUAAUCUUCAGCAGGAACCUCUUGUUCAAAUUUCAGAUGUUCAUAGGCGAAGAAAUGUCAUUGGCAAGGUAGGAGUAAGCGGGACGCCUGUUUCAAGAAAACCAUUUCGCCUCGGGCAAGGAGAUCCUUCUGGUUAUCUGCCUUCGCCCAUCCAUCAGUCGGUGUUUCCCUCUCCUGCUCCCGCCUCGUAUACCAUAGUUCCAGUUUUACCUGCUAAUUAUCCAUUAUCGCCACCUGUUGGGGUUCAAAGACUUGGUGACAGCGGUUUUCUUGAUGGUAAUACAUUUAAAACCUCCACUCCCAUAGGAGAGGGUGUGACUAUUCGAACCCAGCCAAGGUUGCAGCGCCGGUGCCUGCUUCGUCAACUACCGGAAUGUCUCAUAAUUCAGCUAAUGAGAUUUAGAUAUGACCAAGUGGCCAAAGUCUCCACAAAAGUGUCUACAUCAAUCAACAUUCGCCUUCAUGGUUUGAAUUUAAGAGAUGUCAUAUUUGACACUGUGACUCAUCGAAGUGAUCUCACUGCGCCGAGUGGUGGUUAUCUUUACCAGCUGUACGGCUUGUGCCUUCAUUUAGGUGCAAACAGCAUCGCCAAUGGACAUUAUAUCAACUAUUGCCUUGAUGGGGUCAAGUGGUAUCGAAUGAAUGACCAAGAUGUUGAUGAAGUGAACAUGGAGUAUCAAUUAAGUACAGAAGAAAUAAGACAGAACGCCUACCUUUUAUUUUACAGACGGGUGAACUCUGAAAGUGAAAGUGCUUAACAUGUUGUAUGUUUGUAAUUAUCAUUUAUUUCUAAGUAAAUCAGUGGA